UCCAGGGUGCUAAAUUUAUCUUCAGACCGGGACCGCGCCAGCAGCGACUCGGAUCUCUAUGGAGGUGGCUUAGGCGAUAUCCCUGAGCUGAGAGCAUCACCCUGUCCCCGCAUCCCUCUUCCCUCUGUUUUGUUUUUCCAUUCUCCUCCCUUCCCUCCCCCCUCCAGUCCGCGACGACUGGCUCUUGACCCUGUUCAGGCCUCGGCGAAGGCUUUUGGUUACUCCCCUUCCUACCCCAUCCUUUAAUUUUAUUCUUUUGAAGAGUCUGCGUUUCAAGCUGCCAUGGUGGAGAGUAUGAUUGCAGAAGGGAGUACUCCUUAUUUCAGCUUUUAUUUUUAUGUGAUAAUCUACCUUUAAGAAAGGUAUGCCACACCUGAGAGCACCAGGAAGUCGCAUGAGAGAUCAGCUGAUACACGAAUGUGUGAUGUUCCAUCUACGCGGUGAUGCAUAGGCAGCCUUUACAAAUUAACUGAUUUGUUGCUAUCUAUCAUCUUUUUGAUGAUUGCUCAUCUCCUUUGUAUCCUGUCUUAUAAUUUCAACACAUUUGUGAUACUCAAUGUUUAUUCUAAAUUAACCAUGUUUUGUACCACAAACUCAUUGCCCAUGGAUCUAUUGCUGAAGCAAGGAAGUCUUAAACAAGAAGUAGAAUCUUUCUGUUAUCAAAUUGUGUCUGAAUCAAAUGAUCAAAAGGUUGGAAUAUUACAAAGUGAAGAUGAACAGUUACAGCCUUCAGUUUCUAGAAAAUCAGAAGGUGAGCUUUCCAGGGUCAAAUUUAUGUCCAAUUCCAACAAACUAACAACAUUUAGUAAGAAACCAAAACGAAGAAAAUAUGAUGAAAGUUAUUUGUCUUUUGGAUUUACUUACUUUGGAAAUAGAGAUGCACCUCAUGCUCAAUGUGUAUUAUGUAAAAAAAUUUUAUCAAAUAGCUCUUUAGCCCCUAGUAAGCUUCGAAGACAUUUGGAAACCAAACAUGCUGCGUAUAAAGACAAAGACAUAAGCUUUUUCAAGCAACAUCUUGAUUCACCUGAAAAUAAUAAACCCCCAACACCCAAAAUUGUCAAUACAGAUAAUGAAAGUGCCACAGAAGCCUCAUACAAUGUAAGUUACCAUAUAGCCCUGAGUGGAGAGGCUCAUACAAUUGGAGAAUUGCUUAUCAAACCUUGUGCAAAAGAUGUAGUAAUGCGGAUGUUUGAUGAACAGUAUAGUAAAAAAAUAGAUGCAGUACAACUAUCAAACAGUACUGUUGCACGUCGGAUUAAAGAUCUAGCUGCUGACAUUGAAGAAGAGCUUGUUUGUAGACUGAAAAUCUGUGAUGGGUUUUCAUUGCAACUAGAUGAAUCAGCCGAUGUUUCAGGUCUUGCUGUGCUGCUUGUGUUUAUUCGUUAUAGGUUUAAUAAAUCUAUUGAGGAAGAUCUACUCUUAUGUGAGUCUUUGCAAAGUAAUGCUACUGGUGAAGAAAUAUUUAAUUGCAUCAACAGUUUUAUGCAGAAACAUGAAAUUGAAUGGGAAAAAUGUGUUGAUGUUUGUAGUGAUGCUUCCAGGGCAGUGGAUGGGAAAAUUGCUGAGGCUGUCACCUUGAUAAAAUAUGUGGCUCCCGCAAGCACCAGGAGUCACUGCCUACUAUAUAGACAUGCACUAGCAGUUAAAAUAAUGCCUACUUCUCUCAAAAAUGUGCUAGAUCAGGCAGUACAAAUCAUCAAUUACAUUAAAGCUCGACCACAUCAAUCCAGACUACUAAAAAUUUUAUGUGAAGAAAUGGGUGCUCAACACACAGCACUUCUUCUAAAUACAGAGGUGAGGUGGCUUUCCCGAGGUAAAGUUCUUGUAAGACUUUUUGAACUUCGACGUGAACUAUUGGUUUUCAUGGAUUCUGCUUUUCGACUAUCUGAUUGUUUAACAAAUUCAUCUUGGCUACUAAGACUUGCCUAUCUUGCAGAUAUUUUUACUAAAUUAAAUGAGGUUAAUCUGUCAAUGCAAGGGAAAAAUGUGACAGUUUUUACAGUGUUUGAUAAAAUGUCAUCAUUGUUAAGAAAACUGGAAUUUUGGGCCUCAUCUGUAGAAGAAGAAAACUUUGAUUGUUUUCCUACACUCAGUGACUUUUUGAUUGAAAUUAACUCCACAGUUGAUAAAGAUAUUUGCAGUGCUAUUGUGCAGCACCUAAGGGGUUUGCGCUCUACUCUGCUAAAAUAUUUUCCUGCAACAAAUGACAAUAAUGCUUGGGUUCGAAAUCCUUUUACAAUAACUGUUAAACCAGCCUCAUUAGUAGCACGGGACUAUGAGAGCCUUAUUGAUUUAACAUCUGAUUCUCAAGUGAAACAAAAUUUUAGUGAGCUUUCCCUAAAUGAAUUUUGGAGUAGCCUAAUUCAAGAAUACCCAAGCAUUGCAAGGCGUGCAGUUCGUGUACUUCUUCCUUUUGCAACAAUGCACCUGUGUGAAACAGGGUUUUCAUAUUAUGCUGCAACCAAAACGAAAUACAGGAAAAGACUUGAUGCUGCACCUCACAUGCGGAUCCGACUUAGCAACAUUACACCUAAUAUUAAGCGGAUAUGUGAUAAAAAGACACAGAAACACUGUUCUCAUUAAGAUUGAAGGGUUUUGCAUGUCUCUUGAUAACCAACCAAAUGUAAGAUGAAAAUAAAAGAUAAUUUACUUCA